AUGGCUUCUGGAGGAUCAGCAGCAGCAUCCAGCCGCUCACUUCAAAACACACCCACUUGGGCUUUGGCAACAGUUUGCCUUGUCUUCAUUUUUCUCUCUAUCUUUAUAGAGCACUUGAUCGAUCUCCUUAGCCAAUGGCUCAAAAAACGUAAAAAGAAUGCCUUAUUCGAGGCCGUAGAGAAGCUCAAAUCAGUGCUUAUGCUGCUGGGUUUCAUGUCCCUAAUUCUGACAGUGUCACAAAGGUCCAUAUCCAAAAUAUGCAUACCCACAAAGAUUGCAUAUACCAUGCUUCCCUGCAGAAAAAGUGCACCCACUAAAACCACCAAAGCACUUGGUUUUGAGUCCGUUCAAUUCAUGGAAAGAAGACUAGCAGCAACUUCUUCUGAGGAUCACUGUGAAUCCCAGGGGAAAACCUCGUUUAUAUCGCAAGGGGGGCUCAACCAGCUUAACAAUUUCAUCUUUGUGUUAGCAGUUAUGCAGAUUGUGUAUAGCGUUCUCACCAUGGCUUUAGGAAGGGCCAAGAUGAGGCGUUGGGAAGCAUGGGAAAAAGAAACUCAGACAGUGGAAUAUCAAGUCGCAAAUGAUCCUAAUCGUUUUAGGUUUACAAGGCAGACCACAUUUGGUCGUAGACAUAUGACUUCUUGUACAGGAACAGGGACAUCUUUUCAAAUGUGGAUUAGGUGCUUCUUCCGGCAAUUCUUCCAUUCAGUGGAAAAAGUUGAUUAUCUCACUUUACGCCACGGUUUCGUUUCAACUCAUUUGUCCACAAACAAAAAUGCAUUCGAUUUCCAAAACUACAUUCAACGUUCGCUGGAGGACGAUUUCAGAGCUGUUGUUGGCAUCAGCCCAUUCAUGUGGUUUAUAGUCGUCAUCUUCAUCUUUCUGGACGUGCAUGGUUGGCAGGUGUAUCUCUGGGUUUCGUUCUUGCCACUAAUUAUAGUGCUGGUUCUUGGAACCAAACUUGAAGUAGUAGUUGCACAAAUGGCUCAUCAACUUCAUGAUCAGCAUAACGUGAUAAAAGGAACUCCUUUGGUGCAACCAAAGGACAGUCAUUUCUGGUUCAGUCAACCACAGUUCGUCUUGACCCUUGUACAUCUCACUUUGUUUAUGAACGCAUUUGAACUUGCUUUCUUCAUUUGGGUCACGCUACAAUUUGGGAUACACUCUUGCUACCAUGAACACAUACAGAUUAUCAUUAUACGGGUGGUCUUAGCGGUCACUGUUCAAGUGAUGUGCAGUUACAUUACUCUUCCACUCUAUGCCCUAGUGACUCAGAUGGGAUCAAAUUUCAAGAGUGCAGCAGUGCUUGAAGAGCAAACAACAAAUGUUAUGAAGCAGUGGCACGCUGAAGUGAAGAAAAAGAGGAAAAAGAAACAAGACUCUUCACAAUCUGGCCAUGACGAAGAUUCUACUACUGUAGGAAGCAGUAGGGGAAUCACGAACUCCUUGGACUUCUCUUCUCAUCGCCGGCAGCCAACUUUCGCAGAAAUCACCCAAAAUUUUCCUGGAAACACUGAGAUUGUUGAUGACAACCAAGAAAUUGUGGAAGAUCAUCAACAAAGAGUAGGGCAAAAUGAAAUUGAACUAGCUAGUAAUGUUUCAUCUAGUGAGGUACAUAUAGAAAUGCCGGAAGUGACCACAACACAAACUUGA